AUUUUAUAUCCCUUCAUUUCCUCCCCAAUUUUCCCUCCAUCUUCACCCAAACUUCCAAGUUUUAUCGCCGGAGACUACUCCCUCCAGACUCCCCUCCUCUCAACGCGGCAGCAUCGCCUGGGCUGUCUUCCUCACUUGAGAUCGAGUUGCAACGGCAAGAAAAUGGAACUAUUAUCACCGUCAUCAUCAGUGGCUAUCAAUGUUGAUGUAGUUGGUGGUAGUUCAACAGGGAUGAAACAGUCACAGUCAAUGGUUCUGAAGAGUAAGAGUGCCACAGUAUCAUCAGCAUGUCUAGAGAGAAAGGAAGUCGAUGACACAAAGGCAUUAGUGGCAGAGUUGUGCCGCCAUUUCUACACACUAGGUUGGGUGUUAGGUACUGGUGGGAGUGUCACCAUCAAAGUGCAUGAUGAGUCUGUUCCCAGAUCUCACCAAAUUAUUGUCAUGUCUCCUUCUGGUGUUCAGAAGGAAAGAAUGGCGCCAGAGGAAAUGUUUGUGAUGUCUUCAGAUGGAUUUAUAUUGUCAUUGCCUCCUCUUAAACCAUAUCCAUAUCCACCUCCUAAGUGUACUGAUUGUGCACCUCUCUUUAUGGAGGUUUAUGAAAUGUGUAAUGCUGGUGCUGUUAUCCACAGUCAUGGAAUGGAGGCUUGUCUUGUGACAAUGAUCAAUCCCUUUUCAAAGGAGUUUCGAAUUACUCAUAUGGAGAUGAUCAAAGGAAUUCAAGGGCAUGGUUACCAUGAUGAGCUUGUGGUCCCAAUAAUUGAGAACACUGCACUUGAAGGAGAGCUCAAGGAGUCUCUAACUGACACAAUAAGAGCUUAUCCAAAAACAACAGCCGUACUUGUUCGCAACCAUGGAGUGUUUAUAUGGGGAGAUUCAUGGAUAAGUGCUAAAACUCAGGCUGAAUGUUACCAUUAUCUUUUCAAUGCUGCUAUCAAGCUUCACCAACUGGGGCUCAACUGGUCUUCUCCAAAUCAUGGUCCAAAUCAUGCUUUCAAUGGAGGUUGGGGUUGUGGGAAUAUCAGCAGAGCUUUAGAUUGCAUGAUUGAUCCUUCCAAGAAUGAUCCAAAAACAUAUAUGGUACUUGUUUUUAACCUAAUAGUGUUUUUAAUGAGGCGCUGUAUUCUCCUCAACAUUGAAGGGACAGCGACACCCAUAUCAUUUUUGACUGAUAUCCUUUUUGCCUAUGUCCGCGAUAGUAUAGGAGAACAUCUAGCAUCUACAUAUGACACUGAAGAAACUCCGCGUGAUGUCAUUCUUAUGCGUUCUCAAAUUCAGGAUGAUCUGGAGCAAGGUGUUGGUGGGCCUGAUGGGGAAUGGCAGUGGCUGCAAGGUCAUGUAUGGAGAACAGGAUUUCAAAGUAAAGAGUUGGUUGGUGUAAUAUUCAAAGAUGUACCUGACGCUCUAGAGAGGUGGCAUGCUUCAGGCAUAAAGGUGUAUGCAUACUCAAGUUGUAGCAGGGAAGUACAACUUCUUUUGUUUUCAUACUCCAACUUUGGGAACUUGAGAAAAUACUUCUGCGGGUUUUUUGAUACUACAGUGGGAAAUAAAAAUGAUCCACAAAGUUAUUUUGAGAUUUUGCAAACUGUGGGAAUUGAGAGGCCAUUGGACAUGUUAUACGUGACAAAUACCUUACAAGAAGCUGUAGCUGCAAGGGCUGCAGGUUUGGAAGUGAGAAUUGCUCUACGGCCAGGAAAUGGACUUCUCCCAGAGAAUCAUGGGUUUAAAACAAUUGAAUCCUUGUUGAAUGUAUAAUACUCUUUGUGCUCUUCAAAAGCUCACAAUCCUGUUCCUAGGUAACGCAGUUAAUUGGACCACACCGUACAUGGUGAUUGCACUGAAAAUAAAAUUUCAAUUAUUGG